UUUUUUUUUUUUUGAAGAAAAGCGUACUUAUAUUAGAUUAGAAACGGUUAGACCUCGCGGUCAUUACAAAAUAUAAUAUCAGGCAUAGAGGAAAUUGGCACAGAGCCAAACAUCUGAUGGGAAAAUGCCCAAUUAGCCACAUUAUGGGCCAUAAAAUUACACUGUCUACGAACAAAUUGAAAAGUACAACCAAUAAAAGAGGUGGAGGUAUUUUUACAAAAAGAGACAUAGUUAUCAAGCUCCCAACAGGACUCCUUCCCAUUGAGAGCGUUGAUCACCACCCACGAAUCACUCUCCACAAUAAGGAACUCAAUACCACGAGCUUUAGCCUCCUCUAUAGCCAAACAGCAAGUCGCCGCUUCCCCACAGAGAGCAUUAGAAAAAUCCAGUCUUUUUGUAGAAACCCAGAUCACCUUGCCGACGUGAUCCCUUGCAACCACUGCAGCGCACAUGCUAUCCAUCCCCACUCUAACGUCGCAGUUGAGCUUCAACCAAUCUUGUGGGGGUGGACACCAAGAUUCCGUCAAGCACCGGGUUGGACAAGGGAGCAAGUAAGCAUGAUGAUCUGCAAAAGAAAAACGAACAGAGUCUAUACAUUUAAAGAUAUCCACCGGACUAUUAUUAUGUACCUUUUCAUUCCGAGUCCGCCAGAUUGUGUCAAUGAUGAUCGAAGCAUAUAAAAAGGUCUCCUGCUCAUUAAUUCCUUUGUUUUUGAGAUCCCAUAAGAACUUAACCCAAUCCCACAUUCUUAUACCAGCGUCACAUAUAGGGAAAAUACCCCAAGGAGAUGACUGCCAUAGGUGAAAGGCAACAUUACAAGAGAGAAAUAAAUGCUCCAUAGUUUCACUUUCUGUUCCGCACAGGGGGCAACUCUCAUCCUCAAUAGGAAACCUUCUACCUAGCACGGAUCGAACUGGGAGAGCCUUGGACAGAAUACACCACCAAAGGACCUUGAGUCUCUCUGGAAUUUUACUAUUCCAAAGCUUGUUAGCUCAUGUAAAUUUGAUGAUUACACUAUAUAUCUCUUUUAAUUUAAUGUUUUUAAUUUUUACUUUUUUUUUAAAAUCUAUUAUAUUUACUUUUUUUUAAUCAUUCUACUAAUUUUACCUAUAUUACUUCAUGAUAAUUUUCAUUUUUCUCUAAUUAAAAUUUUACCAAAACUUUCCCACAAACCUACACAUCCAUUUACAAAGAAUACAAAUAUAUUAUGUUUGAAAUUAUGUAUUAGUUAUAUAAAUGUGUAAGGAUAAUUUGGAUACAAUACUCAUAAAAAAAAUGAGGAAAUUACAUAGUUUUUUUGAUUAAUGAAUACAAAAAAAUAUUAUUUUUCAACUUAUACCCAUCUUAUGUAUAUUUGAAUUCAAUUUUAUUUAAAAGUAAAUUUAGUUAAUAUGUAUAAAAAAGAGGUAUUCUUCAACUUCUCCUAAAUUUGCUAAUUGGGCCUGAAGCUUGUCCAAUGGCCGGGCCCAUUGUAACCAUAGAAUACUGAACAAAGCCCUAGACUUUGAAUAUACCAUCUGAAACUUGUAUGUCGGAGGAAGAAGAUGAAGAGAGAGUCAGUAAUGGAGGACAGAGAAGGAAGUAGAAAGCGGAAGAGGGCGGGGCGUUGCAGACGUAAAACUGAUAAUAACCCUUCUCAUCUAAAUAAACAAAUUUCUGAAGCUCACCCAGCCAAUGUUCCUCAACCAAAACAGGAUUCUUCUAAACUCAAAACAUCACACAAAGCCUCUAAAACCUUGAGUUUUCUCGACAAAAUGAAAGCGCGAUUGGCAGGUGGUCAUUUCAGAAUGCUUAACGAAAAGCUCUAUACUUGCACUGGAAAGGAGGCACUUGAAUACUUCAAAGAAGAACCAGAAUUGUUUGAUAUGUAUCAUGCAGGAUACCAAGAGCAAAUGUCACAUUGGCCUGAGCUACCUGUUAAUAUAAUUAUAAAGUGGUUAAAAGAUCACGGUUCUUCUCUGGUUGUCGCCGAUUUUGGGUGUGGGGAUGCUCGCCUUGCGAAAAAUGUGAAAAACAAAGUCUUCUCCUUUGAUCUUGUCUCUAAUGAUCCAUCAGUCGUUGCCUGUGAUAUGUCAAAUACAUCACUUGAUUCUGAAUCCAUAGAUGUUGCUGUCUUCUGUCUUUCGCUUAUGGGAACCAACUUCUCAAGUUACCUACAGGAGGCAUACAGAGUUCUGAAGCCAGGCGGGUGGCUUUUAAUAGCAGAAGUAAAAAGUCGGUUUGAUCCAACUAGCGGAGGAGCUGAUCCCAACAACUUUACCAAAGCCAUUUGCGAGCUGGGAUUUUCAUUGGUUUCAAAGGACUUUGCUAACAAGAUGUUCAUUUUAUUCUACUUCAAGAAAAAAGAAGAGCAAAAUUCAAUGACAAAGAAGAAGAAGAAGAAGAAAGAUAUUGAAUGGCCUGAGCUAAAACCUUGUUUGUACAAGCGCCGGUAAGACAACAUUAAAAGGGUUUAAAUGUUCUUACUCUUUGGUUGUUACUUUGAUAGUUAUGUAACAUAAAUACUCAACUCAAGUGCUGAGAUUUUUUCUAUAACAAUAUAGUUUGGUAUGAAAAUUCAUUAUCUUUUAUGA